AUGUCUGCGCCGGCCGAGACGGACAAGAACACUUCCCCUGGUGCUCCUGAAUCACCCACUACAGCUCGUCCCCUCGAAAUGGACGACGAUGAUGUUCAAGACUCGGGUAUUGUUGGAGAUGAUGCCUCCAAGACCACACCCGCAGCGGCCAGCACCACACCCGCAACAAGCGACGAGACGCCUCCGACGAAACCCCCUCGCCCUCUGACUGAGGCGCAGAAGAACGAAGCCAUCCUAAAGGAGGCAUUCCCUGGAAUCGACGCGACUGUCAUCAGGGCUGUUCUCACUGCCAGCCGCGGGCAGAUUGAUCCAGCUUUCAACGCCUUGCUCGAGAUGACGGAUCCCGAUGCGGCUCAGAGGGAGCCCAGUGAGGAGGCUCCGCCUCCUCAGCCCCCGCGCCCGUCGGGCCCAGCCCACACUAUGUCGCAACUCGAGUCGGACGAGCUAUAUGCCCGCCAACUCGCAGAGCAAUACAACGCUGGGGCAUAUGAACAACGAACCUCGAGCCGCGGCCAGCCCAGACAGCGCCAGCAGACGGGACUCAAGCCAAACGAGCUUCAUGAUAAGGAGCACAACUUUUUCGAGGAUGACCUGCCGGUCAUCCAGGAAAGACUGAAGCAGGGCUUCGUGGAGACCCAAGGCAAGGUUAACUCCUGGAUCACCACACUGAAGAAAAGGAUCGACGAGGAGUUUGCCGAGAGCGACGAACCUACACGACCCCAGCGACCCGGCCAUGAGCAGUUUCCUGGGCCACGACCUGGGCAAGCCAGCCGCAGGAGUGGAGACUACGAACGCUACGAUGCAGACCCUCAAGUGCUGAGCGACGACUUUGCGGGUAUGAAGUUCUCCGCCGAUGGCACGCCCGUCCGCGGCAACAGGCAGCAGGUAUCGAGCCCGGAUCUGUUCCGACCGCCGCCACCCUCCAAGUCUCCCAGGUCGUCGGACGGCAGGAAGGUCGCCUUCAGGGAUGGAGGCGAUGACGAUGUGUAUGGCGUCUCCCCCAAGCUGUCUGCAGAAGACAGCAAUAAGCCAAAGGCCAGCAAGUGGCAGCCUCUGUCGACGGUUGACCCCAGCCCCAUCACGGACAACGACCCAUUCAGUCUAGGUGACAGCGAGGACGAGCGCGACGCCAAGGACAAGUCAGGCUCGAAGGACAUCAAGCUUGACGACAAUGAGCGGCUGAAACUCGCCGCUGCCGAGGCCAUGUCCGACAGUCUUGUUGACUCGAACAAGAAGGAUGAGACGUCCACGGCCGCAGCAGGCGUGGAUGCUGCAAAGAAAGUCUAG